AAACUUUAAAAAAUGUUUUGCAGCAAUUGUGGAUGUACUUUAAAAAGCGAAGGAAAAUUUUGCGCCCAAUGUGGACAAGCCAGAGAUACAGCAAUCGAAGAGAAGCAUGAAAAUGUCACUAAACAAAACUCAGGUGUUGUUGAUGUUAAGCCAAAGAAAUCCAUUAAAUCUUUCCUACAGUACAAAACAUCCAAGGGAAAAGAAUGGAACUCUAAAGUGAAAGGUGGAAAACAGAAGAAUGGCAGUAAUUCCCAAAAAGAACAGGAUGUUUUGAUUUUUAUACGACUUCUGGAAUGGAAUGGAAAUGAAAGAACUCUAAAAAUGAAGCGAGGAAAGAAGGUGGGAAUGCGCAUAUCAAACACUGCAACUUCCUCUGUAAUUCAUGAAAAGGCAGAGGAGAAAUGGAGAGCUUACUACAGUAACUUGUAUAAUGCAAAUCAACCAUACCUUCUUGUUUAUGAAGAUGGUCAGAUUGUUAAUUGUUUGCCUGGAACUGAAGAACCAUUUUCGCUGAAACGAUAUCACGAGGAGUCUGGUAUUGAUUACAACCGAAUAAACUUGUUCUUAUGCACAAUGGAUGAUCAUAACCAUUUCCUCAUGAGAGAAUUUGAUAGUGAUUCUGAAGAUUCGUCUCCUCCAAUUAAGUGUCCUAAAUCAGACAACAGUUCUGCAAAUGUAGUUGACAAACAAAUUAAACUCGAUGAAAAUCUAGCACGGCAGUUAGAAAGUCGUAUUGAGUGGGAGAAUAUGGACAAUAAAGAAUCUGUCGCUGAACAAGUACAAGAUUUGAUCCCACUCGACGAGGUUGUAGUAAUUGAUAACAACAAUACCCAAUUGAAAACUGAUGAUUUGGAGCAAGAAGUAAUCAAUAAUACAGUGCUGACGGACAGAAAUUGUAUAGAGGAGCUGAGGAAAAGAGUUGAUAGUAUAACUGGUCAGUUUUUUAUCGUGGCUCGAAGAGGUUCCAAUCUUUCAAGGUGUUUAAAUCUUUGGCAACGGGAAUCAAAGCGCACUAAAGCUGAUAAAACUUUACGAGUUCAUUUCACUGGUGAAGAUGGAAUAGAUAGUGGGGCAAUGGCAAAAGAGUUUCUUGCAAAGGUCAUAUCUGAUAUAGGUAAUUCAAUCUUUCCAGCAGGUAGCCCCGUCGAUUCGACUCAUAACGUCCAGAAUGGAUAUUUUCAAACUUGUGGAGAGAUUGUUGCAGUAAGCCUUGCACAAGGAGGUCCACCCCCUUGUUUCUUGCAUGAAUGCGUUUAUAAGACAAUGGUCAAUCCCAAGUUGGACUUGAAGAAUUUAGACGAAACUGACAUUACACCUGAGGAAAAGAUCUACCUAGAUAAUCUUGUGAUGGGAGAUGUAGCCAAAAAGUCGUCUGAUAUAAUAGAACACGGGUAUACCGGAAAGAUUGAUCAAGAUCAUAUCAAUGACAUUCGCAGAUCAAUUGUUGUAAGUAUUGUCAGCAAGCGACAGCUGUAUUUGGGCGAGUUCAUGAAGGGAUUAGAACUUUAUGGACUUGCUGAAAUGAUGAAGGAAAACCCUGAAAUGUUCAAGCAACAUUUCAUUAUAGGAAAAGCCCAACAAGUUGAUGCCAACUUCGUAUUUUCUCUCAUGAAACCACGCUAUUCAGUUGAUGGCUCUAUUCGAAAGGAGAUAGAAGAAGGGAUGAUGGAUAAUUUCCAAGAUUUCCUAAUGUCAUUGGAGGAUAAUGACGAGAAGCAAUCGGGCUACUCUGAGGCAGUAUCAUGGAAUUAUUUGGAAACUGGAGAAAGUUCGGAACCAUCUGAACAAGAGGCAGAAGAAUUCCAACUAGCAGAGAUAACAGUUUCGGGGGUAUUAGGCUGGCUCACUGGGCAAAAACAUCGACCGAUCAAUGGUGAUCCUUUAAACAUCUUUGUGAAUUUCGAUCACGAUUGCUUAGUUCGUCAACCCAAUCACACGAUCUGCUUCCCAUGUAUUGGUGCAUGUGGACGUGAGCUAACUCUUCUAGUCAGUCACAUGAAAGAUGGAGAGGACUUCCAAAGAGUUUUUAUGACUGCCUUGUCCAAAGGGCAGGCUUUCUCAAGGCCAUAG